UAUCAAUAUUGUUGUUAUUAUUUUUAAAUUAUUAUUUGGAUAAAAUAUAUAAUAAUAAUUAAUAAUUCUCGAAUUUUUUUUUAUUUUCAUUAAGAAUUUCUACAUAUAUUAAAAUAUCAAUAAUGAUGAUGAUGAUGAUGAUAGAUUAUCGAAUAUGAACAGUGUAUUGACAAAAAAAUUCGAUAGUGUAAUGGAAAUGGUGACAAAAAGUUAUAAACGAAUACAACCGAAAACAAAUCGUGAUAAUUUUGGUCAAAUGCAUAGUGAAAGUCCGGGACGUAUUGCAAAACAUUUAGUUAGUAUUACGGAAAAUCUAGAUUAUUUUAAUAAUUCAUCAAAAACAUUUGAAGAUCUACCAAAAAGACCUGGUUGGCGUUGUCCAACAUCAUUAGUUAAUAAAUCGAUGACUAAAAAUUUGACAACAAUUGAACCAACAACAUUAACAACAAAUGUCGAUAGAGAAUUGGAAGUAAAUUCAAAUGAAAAAUUUGAAUCAAUUACAAUGAUUAAAUCGGAUACAUCUAUAUCAACGAAUGGUCCAUUAAAAGAAUUUAUUCGUAAACAAAAACCAAAUUUUUGUCAUCAGCCAAAAAUUAAAUUUAAACUUGAUCCAAAUCUUAUAAUUGAAGCAGCCAAAAGAGCCGAAAUUCUUGAUCAGCAACCAAUUCGUCAACCAUCAUUAUCAUCGAUUUCAGAUUCGGAAAAAAAGAAACCAAUUAAACAACAACAACAACCGAAAAAAUCAGCAUCAAAAGAAAAAUCGACAAUGAUAAAUAAAUCGGAUAAACAGCUAAAAUCUCGUAUGAUAAUUGAUGAAAAUAUUGGCCCAUUAAUACGUGAAUCAUUACAACGGGUAAAAGUAUUUUCAUUAAAAUCAGAUAUACAAGAAAUUGAAUCAUCGAUUGAUUCGUUAGAAUCGGCAAGAAUGUCAAUUGAAUUAACUGAACAACAAAAAACUAUUGAUUUAAAUUUGAAAAAAUCGAAAAAUUUAUAACUAAAAAAAAUCACCAUUGUCAUUAUUAUUUG